CACAGCCUGAAUUUUUAGGAAGGUCUGCACCGGUUGUCUUUCAUGUCAAUGCUGUAGGAUAGAGAUGGCGAUGUUUUUUGUUGUCUUCUGUUGCACUAUAGUGUCUUUAGCGCUGCCGGUUACAUCUAAUAAGGAUGAUUAUAAUCGGCACUUUUCAGCAUAUUCACCAGGAGUCAUACAUGAUGUCUGGCAUGUUCCUGCUGUUGCAGCACAUUUCCUGAAUGAAAUUCCUCAGCCUCACAAUUUUGAUGGAUUUGCUGCUGGGUUCCCAAUGCCAUAUGAUUUACAGGCUCUGCUGGAGAGAAGAAACAGUUUCUCAUUAAGGAUCAUGAAUUCAUCUUGGAGUGGUCCUGCAGAUACUAACGUGUUCCACAAAGGAGAGCAGUUGUAUCUACAGGUGUCUGCCUCACCUGGACCCGAUCAACAGCUUUAUGUCCAGUCCUGCCAUGCAUCCUCUUCUCCAAACCAUGCUGACAAACCUGAAGUCUCCCUCAUCAUUAACAAAGGGUGUGUGGCCUCCAAAGAGUCUUUGGUGAAGUUUGUGCUGCAACAGCGUGACAGAGUAAAUCUGAUUGUUCGUACAUCCAGUUUUAAGUCUCCUGAGAAUUACAUUCACUGCAGAGUCUUUCUUACUGAUUUGGGUCUGACCUCUACAACUAAAUUCUGCAACUACAACAAACUGAAAUCCAGAUGGGUUGGCCUUGGUGAACAAACCACAGUAUGUGAUUGUUGUGCGAGAAGGUGCAGAAACUUAAUUGAGCGUGCAGAACUGUCUGAGGUGACUGCAGUAGUAAGCACUGGUCCACUGAUUAUCAAGGAUCAACAAUCUGCUUCACAGGCCACACCUCUGGCACUGUCAGACUACAGUACUAAGUCCAGCCCUCCAGCCAGAGACGACUCUGAUAAAAGAUGGAUUGUGGCAGGUGCCUCUUUCUCUGGGAGCCCAAUGCAAAAUGUUGGCAGUGUCUCCCCCUGGCCUGUCCAGCGUGGCUUUGGUGGCGUGAUGGUCAUCAGCCAGGGACUGGGAGGUGAUUUAUCAAUGUGGCUACCAGACAUCAUGGAGUUUGAGUUUAACCCAGUGGUGCAGAUGGGGAUCGGUUAUCCAGACAAUCCUGUUGUUGAUAUCACCUUUCACAAUGGUGAACCCUUUAGUAAGCUGAAACCAGAUGAACGCGCUGUUGAGAAGAGUCAAGAGGCAGUUGCUGUGGAUGAAGGACAAGCUUAUGUAGAAGCUGUGGAUUCACAUGAUGUACAGGAUGAGUUGGGCAUGUGGCAUCUUAAUGAUGUUGACCACUUGUAUGAGGUUGAGGAAAAACCUGAAGUGAAUGACCUAGAGCAACCUCAACUAGAUGUUGAAUCCGAAUUUGACCUUCCUUCAAAUGACCAGCCGCUGAUCAGCCCUACUCCAGAUAAGCUUUCCAAGAGUGCAGAGGAUGAGGGAGAAGUUGUUUUCAGACAGGCUGAAAUGGUCUUUGAAAGCGCUAAAGGAGCUAAAUUAUCAGAGCCAGUUCUCUACUCCAAACUGAGUCUGAAUCAAGCUGCAGAUGGAUCCAGUUUUCUCAAUUUUGAGGAACAGAAGAGACCCAGCAUGAACAAACCGGAUAAUAAGAGACCACAACUGGAGAACAAUGGUGAGAAAAUGCAAAAGGAUGAGAGGAUGGAGGAUACCUCUAAAAUUAAAGGCCUAGUUUCCUCUCUAUUGGAUCAACUCAGAAGACUGUGGACAGUGCAGUGACCUGUUUUUCGUCAUGCCUUGGUGUGAAUUGAUUGUAAUUAUGUAUUUGGAAUUUCAAUGUAAAUAAAAGCCUUUUUUCCAUCACUAAA